AUGAUAACUGCAGAGGAAGAUUGGUAUCACACGGCCAAGGAUCUACUCGAUCGACCGCAGGAAGCAAUCAAGGUUGUAGUAAAAGAAGUUUUAGCGAAUACAGUAGAAUUAAGUGGAACAGGCGAAAUUCUGAGCAGGCUUAGCGAUAAAUUGCGUAGCUCCUACAUAGUCCCGACGGAAACGAGAUGUGGAUCCGAGUUGGAUUCCAUACCCGCGUUGGACUCAUUGGUUACACGAUUGCCCAGACGCUCACAAUGA